AUGUGCUGCAGGAAAGCACAGCGAGCACCCAUCUAAGACCAAGUGUCACCCUCAGACACCCUAUCGUUCUUUCAUCUCAUCCGGAUAGUCGCCAUGGAUAUCCCUAUUCAGUACCCCUGGUACCGCCGGGCCUUUCCAUACCGACGUGCUGACAUGUCCUUGGGCGACUCUCUUACUGACUGGCCCCUUGUCUGGCCUUUCCCUUGGUCCUUUGCUUGGAUGCGCCCAAGUCUCUUGCGUUGGUUAAACUGGCCUGAAAACGGACACAGUGAGAUGCACGUAGAAAAGGAUCGCUAUGUUAUUUAUCUGGACGUGAAGCAUUUCUCCCCAGAUGAGCUGAGCGUCAACGUCGGCGACGAGUACAUCACAAUACACGCCAAGCACGAAGAUAGACAGGACGACCACGGCUACGUGUCGAGAGAGUUCCUGCGGAAGUACAAGCUUCCCGCCGGAGUGUCGUGCGCGGAUAUCACCUCCAGCUUGUCGUUUGACGGCGUGCUGACAAUCACUGCGCCGAGGUCUUCACCCGGCCCUGAGCGCAACAUCCCAAUAUCCUGUGAGGAUGGAACAGCCAAGCAGAAAAUGUAGAAACAAGUCAGAGCGCCUCUGACGCAGUUUCGUUACUAAUCCUCACUACUAAAUUCUGAAUGUGUUUGUAUUGUGGGCAGAUGAGAUGUACGUAUAAGUGGGUCAGCCAUGUCUAGAUCCUUCUAAUAAACCAGUCUCUAACUUACUACUACUGUCAUAUGCCUGCAAGACAAUUGUGCUUUAAACCACAGAUUGACAUUUAAAGACAGGAGUUAUGUUAGUGUACGAUUUCCUAUCAGAUAUUGCGCCACCUUGAAUGUAAAACUGCUCUUAUUUUGAAUUUCAUUUCAAAAGUUCAAACAGUAACUUAACGGGAAGAAAAUGCCAAAGAUUAUUGCAGUGGUGCUUCGAUGAGUGCGUGUCUGUUUCUUUGUAUUUGUUGAAUUUGGGACCAGGUUUGUGCUCUGUUGAUAGUGAGAGGGGAAAAGGCUUGACUUGACUAUUGUAAUUCUUUUCCACAGAGAAGCAGGGCCCACAGAAUGUUCGGGAUAACUUGUAUUUAUGUAUGUGUUGGAUGAGAGUGCAGUGAAGCCCAAAAGAGACUGAGAAUGUGCCCAAAGAUGAUCUGUAUUAUUCUUUGCAAAUGCUGAGGAUACCUUGCUGUAUUAACCAGUAAUACAUAGAAUAAAUGUUGAGGAACAAAAAUCAUGUGCAUUUGUCU